AUGGCUCUGACAAAGGCAACAAUUAUCUCAGGAAAAGCACUUGCGGCACAAAUACACAAAGAAGUUCAGAGGGAUGUGGAAUCCUGGUUGUCUCUUGGAAAUCAAAGACCACAUCUUAGUGUAAUACUAGUGGGUAACAACCCUGCAAGUCAGACAUAUGUAAAGAACAAGAUAAAAGCUGCAAGCUCUGUAGGAAUUUCAAGUGAAGUGAUACUGAGACCAAAUAAUAUUUCCCAAGAAGAAAUAUUAAAUGUUAUAGCUAAGUUUAAUCAGGAUGCCAGUGUGAGUGGAGUCUUAGUACAACUACCUCUGCCAGAGCACAUCAAUGAACGGGCUAUCUGCAAUGCUGUUGCACCAGAAAAGGAUGUUGAUGGCUUUCACAUUGUUAAUAUUGGAAGACUUUGUCUGGAUCAAUACUCUAUAAUACCUGCUACUGCUGGAGCUGUGUGGGAAAUUAUUAAAAGAACAGGGAUUGAAACGUUUGGAAAAAAUGUGGUGGUGGUGGGCCGAUCUAAGAAUGUUGGUAUGCCAAUAUCAAUGCUGCUACACACAGAUGGAAGACAUGAGAGGCCUGGGGGAGAUGCUACUGUGACAAUUACACAUCGAUACACCCCUAAAGAUCACUUGAAGAGCCACACUCAGUUAGCAGAUAUCAUCAUAGUGGCUGCAGGUAUUCCAAAACUUAUCACUGCUGAUAUGAUUAAAGAAGGUGCUGCUAUUAUUGAUGUUGGAAUUAAUCAUAUUGAAGAUCCAGUCUCAGGAAAAUCAAUAUUAGUAGGUGAUGUGGACUAUAAAGAAGUGAAGGAGAAAGCAGGAUUUAUUACACCAGUUCCAGGAGGUGUUGGACCAAUGACCGUUGCAAUGCUCCUAAAGAACACUUUAAUGGCUGCCAAGAAACUAAUAUACUAG